GCAGCGGGGAGGGGAGGGGAAGGAAAACAAACGUUGCAGUCGGUCAGCGGCUGAAGUCGACGCUCUCCCGGCCCGGCCUGACCCGACCUGACCCCCGACAGAGCGGCCGCCCGGUCCCGGUCCCGGUCCCCCCCGCUCUCCCCUCCCCCAUGGCCGCCCGCGUCCCCCCGCUCUGGGCUCGAUGUGGCCGCUUUGUGUCCACGUCGGCAGUCCCACGCGUGGCCAGCACGCAGCUGCAUCAGAGGCGCAGCAAGCUGUUCGAUGAGGAGAAGGCCCGGCAGCAGGGUCUGGCGCCGCGCAUCGAGAAGAUCGAAGUGAAACAUGUGGGGAAGCCCGAGCCGGGAGCAGUGUUCAUCAUGAACAAGGGCCUGUCCACCCCCUACAACUGUGCCAUGCAUAUCAGCGACUGGUGCGUGCGACGGUCCAUUCUGGCCCUUGUGGAUGGCGAAGUCUGGGACAUGUAUAAACCCCUGGACAAGUCCUGCGAAAUCCAGUUCCUCACCUUCACAGACGAGAACCCAGAGACCGUUAACCAGGCUUAUUGGCGAUCCUGUGCGAUGAUGAUGGGCUACGUCCUAGAAACGGCCUUUAAAGAUGAGUACGCCGUUGAACUCGUCCGAGCCCCCGAAGUACCAGUGAUGGCUGGAGCAUUCUGUUACGACGUGAUACUGGACAGUCGGUUGGAUGAAUGGAUUCCGUCGACUGAGAACCUGCAGUCGUUGACUCGAGAAGCCCACAGGCUGAUCCACAGGAACCUGCCCUUCGAGUCGCUGGAGGUGGGGCCUGGUGUGGCUGCCGAGAUCUUUAAGGAGAGAAAGCACAAGCUGGCCACCAUCGAGGAGCAGGCUGCCCUGCGGCCCAGGAACCUGGUGCAGCUGUACAGGUGCGGGGAGUUUGUCGAUGUCAGCCCAGGCCCCCAUAUCUCCCGGACGGGGGUGUGCUCGCAGUACGAGAUCACCGCGGCCCACCCUCUGACCGCGGGGCCAUCCGGCCUGGAGCGAAGAUUCCAGGGGAUCUCGCUCCCCGUUCAGCUGAAGACUCUAUACUCCGUGUGGGGAAGAUUAAGGCAAAGAUCCCAAAAACUGAUUACGGUGGAACCAAGUGGCGGAGAAACCGAAUGUUCGGCGACUGUGAAUGAGGCGAGCGGAGAGGGGGCUGGUGCGGCAGGAGAGGACCCCCGCCGUUGUUUAACCAACGAUUCUGUGAAUGCACGGACGAUGCUGGGCACAGUGAAACAACAAAGUGUUGAAUCGGCUGCUCACACGAGCUGAGCUGGCAGUGGGUGAGAUGAGACUCCUGGCCGCUGUGGGCCACAGAUGAAGCAACGACGAGGUUGUGAAGGUUGCUGAACCUCGAAGGGCAUCACCUCCAGGCCUGGUUAGUGCCCACCUUCCAUGCCCAAGGUCCCGGGUUCCACCAGCAGCUGCCCAUCUCGUCGCACCUUUGGGCGUUGGUCAGAAGUUAACUCUUUCCAGCUUUUCCAUUAAAUUGCUCUUUAAAAUGGC